CGAGCCUCCUUCAAUGCCUCCGCCACAGCAGAAGCCAGUAAUCGAGCCUCCACAAAUGUCUGCUCCGCCGCCCAAGGAGGAAUCUCCUGAAGAAGAGACCUUUUCAGAUGAAGAAGAAGAAUUCAGCUCUCCAGAGGAGCCAGAGGUACCUGUUGUCAGCAAAGGACGUGCUAGAUCUUGGCAGGCGUGCCUCAUUAAUAGAACCAGUGCUUCCAAGACCACUGGCAGCAGUAGAACCACCAGUAGCUCAGAGCGUAAAAGAACCAUCGCCAGUGCCUCAGAGCCCCUUCAAAGAACCAUCUCCUUCGCCACUAAGCCCCGUCAAAGAGUCCUUUUCACCGUACACUCCUGUCUCGGAACCAUUUUCUCCGCCACUGAUGCCGCUCAAGGAGCCAUCGCCCCUUCGACAGACUUCGAUAAAGGAACCAUCGCCUCUGCCCCAGACGCCCAUCAAGGAGCCGUCUCCACUGCGUCAGACCUCCGUGAAAGAGCCAUCGCCUCUGCACCAGAUGUCUAUGAAGGAGCCAUCUCCACUACGCCAAGUUUCUAUGAAAGAUCCUUCACCUCUUCGCCAAAUGUCCGUGAAGGAACCAUCCCCUCUACACCAGUAUUCCGUGAAGGAGGCUUCACCAUUCUCCCAGGUGCCUAUGAAAGAUCCUUCACCUCUUCGCCAAAUGUCCGUGAAGGAACCGUCACCUUUCAAAGAAAUGUCUCCCUUGCUACAGACCCCGAUCAGGGAGCCAUCUCCAAUGGCCUACACUCCUAUUAAAGAAACGACGCCACAAAGGACGAUGCUCAUCAACGAAAACAAUAUCAGGCAAGCACCUGUAAAGGAGAAAACGCCAGAGCUCCCGAAGCCGACAACUGCUCGACGAAAUUCAAUUGCCGAUGCUUUGACCCACCUCAUCGAGGAGCCCACGGUUAUCUUUGCUCCGCCAGCCGUUAAACAUAUGCCUGCCAGAGAGCCGACGCCAGUGAGACAGAUAGUCCGAGAACCCACGCCUGUAAGGCAGGCCACCCUCCAACAACCUGUGAUAGAACCUGCUCCUCUCAUCAAAAUAGAAGCUAAACAACCUGCAGUAAAACCAGGACCACAGACCCCACCAGCCGUCAGCCAGGCCUCUGUACCAAUAACUUCACCUGUCAAGAAUGCACCAUCAGUCCAGGGAAGUCCAAAGAGGCAUUCAGUUCUGCCAGAACCAAUGCAGAUCAAUUACAUCCCCAUAGAGAAGAGCCCAGUAGUUAGUCAGCCACCAGCAACUCAACCCGCUGCAAAACCAAUGCCUGCUACUGUAAACAAACAGCCUGUAGCAAAACAAAUGCCUGCUCGUAUGCCUUCUCCUCCCCCAGGACCCGUUGCCACCCCAGCGUCUCAAAGCACAGCAGCGCCACGACUUGUGCGCCAGUCGUCACUUCCCUCGAAACCUUCCCCAGCUCAGGUCACAACUCCCACUGCUCAAAAGGAAGCCGUUUCUACCCCUCCUGUUUCGAGUGACGAAGAUGCCGGUGCCGGUGCCGCAGCCGCACCCAGCGCCAGUGAAAGAGGAGAUCUACGGUCGAGUCCUACGUCAGGGUUGCACAAAGCUCCACUUCCUUGGAUGUGUGGAAGGCCCAGAGAACCGUCUCCACCACCGUUGUUCGUCAUGCAGGCCCAACAAACUCAGAACAGAUUACAACAAAAUCGCAUAAUGAGACAGCGCUCAGUGGGCCCUGAGCCUUCCCAUGCACAACCGCAUGCUCAAGCGACCGUAACCUCUCCCCCAGAGGUCCUUCAACACCCAGGAUUCUACAGACAGCGUUCCUUGCCUCCCCCUCAACGAGCUCAGCAGCAGCUUCCGCAACAGAUACCACAGCCGAUUCCGCAGCCGAUUCCACAGCCGAUUCCGCAGCCGAUUCCACAGCAAAUACCACAGCCGAUGCCACAGCCACUACCACAGCAGAUGCCACAACAAAAAAUGCCCCAGCAAAUACCACAGCCGCUGCCACAACAAAAGAUACCACAGCAAAUGCCACAGAGGAUGCCACAGCAGCAGGCACAAGCGCAGCCGAUCAGAAUACAGCCGACGCGGUCGCAGGCGCAGCCGCCGUCGCCGCAGGUGCGCGACAUCCCCAUCAAAGUCCAGACGGCGCACCAGCCGCAGCACCGCCCACGGGAGCGCAUCAUUCCUAUCACCAUCGAGAGGGAUUCCCCGCCCAGAAGCACGGCCCCGACGUCCAUACCAAUCAAGACGCCGUCGACCUCAGCGCAAGAACACAUCAUUCCUAUCCAUUUCGAGGGAACGCCCAACGCCGCGCCGAGACCCGGCUUCCAGCAGCCCAGGGCCCAGACCCGGCAAAACGCACAGCCGCAGCCUAUGAGCAGCAAUGGGCUAACUCCCCGGGGGCGGCCUUCUCCCCGCCACAGUUCCCCUCGACGCCCCUCAGUGGGAACCCCAGUGGGGCUUUCACCCCGUACAACUCCCCAGCAGGAUUGUACUCGAACAACAAUGCCCUCGAUGCUCUACACCAGAUGCAGCAGAGCUUAGAGCAGCUGAACUCGGGUCUGCAGAAUGCGUUCCCAAGAUUCAUUCAGAAAAAAAUGUCGGACUCUAUAACAACUCGGAAACAACCUAGCUCGCAGUACCGACCUCAGCAGAAUGGAAAUGGGGUGCCAGGAGCCCCAGGGGACGUCGCAGCCAACGGGGGAGACUUCGCCCCUGUGCAGUCCCGCUCCUUUAGGGUCCUGCAGAACGUCCUCGACCAUCAGGAUACCGUAGACGGUCCAUCCAAUGGUGCUCCAUUGAAAGUAGAAGUUCCUUUAGGAUCCCCAAGUAGAGGGCAAAAUGGAUCCGUAAUCCACUCCCAGCCCAAGGGCCCAGGUUCAAAUUUUAGAAGCGUUGUUAACAACAAAGAUGGAGUCACAGCCCAGCAGAACAGGGGAGUCUGGAUUGAUACCCCACAGCCAUACAAUAGUGAAUCAAAGAUCAUACAACAGAAUCAUCAUGGACAGAGGUCCCCCAGCUUUGGUACAAAAAACCUGCCAAAUAGUUUCAAAAAUAAAGUGCAGGUUUCUGGUCAUAAUGAUGAGACCCGAAGCAGGGGUGGUCACUAUUCCAACAGAAAUGCCUGGGCUCCUCCAAAGACUGGUUCAGAUGAUGAAAUCUCCAAUUAUAUGCAAGCUCAUGCCCCAGUGUACCAUGGAGAGUUCCAACCUCCACCAAAACAAUAUAGGCCUAAGCCAAAUCAGCAAAAUACUGUUUAUCAGCUAAAUAAACAGCCCAUAAAACAAAACUCUCAUCUGAAUCAGCAGCAACAUGCAAAGUUGCCACAGCAGUACCAUCAGCCCAUGCCUUUUGAAAUGAAGCAAUUAAGUGAGUCGAAACCUAGCAAUAGUCCAUCAUCCUCGAAGUUUUUCCGAAUGCUACAGACGAUCACUGAUACUUUGCCUGAAGGAGCUGAACCCCAGGGACCUGUCCACAUCCCCAACAUUAAACCACAACCGAAGGUGCAGCAGUUCCAACAGCCCCAGCAGUUCCAACAACCAGAUGGUCUGAACAGUUCAGCACCCUCAGACCAGACUGUCCCUGAGCCUAAGAAGUACAUGGGAGGUAAUAUUCCUUCUCGCUCCUUCAGGAUGCUUCAAGCCAUGACAGAUGCUGAUGAUGCCUCAGACGCCGGAGAACCUGCCAAAGUGUCAGAGGUUCCCAGCCCGCCUGGUGAUGACCAAACGCAUGCAGCCAGUCAGACCCCACCUCUUGAGUCCACAAAUAUCACUUCUCCAUCUGUUCUUUCUCCUUCCAUAACACUGACUGAAACAAAUGACACUUCCUCGGAUAGUGGAAUUUCAUCUCCAUCCAAAAUUUCCCCUUCAUACACCACCACUAAAGACAGCAGAGUUUAUAGGAAUGUCGCUCCCAAAAUAACCUUCACUGGGCAGAGGAAUGCCCACGUUGUCAACUCUGCUCUCAGCAAUGCCAGAGACCCUUCGUCUCCUUCCUCUCCAACAUGGAAGUGUCCAAGUUUCUCUCAUUCUCCUCGGUCUCACUCACCUGUGUGCCAGUCACAGUCGCUGCCUAAAUCUGCUGAAGAUGAACACGAUUCUGGAUCUGACAGUCCAAGGCUGAUGAAGAUCAUACGGCAAGAAUCUACAAGUCCACAGAACACUGAGAGGCGCUAUGAGGGUGCACACAUUCCUUCACGAGUGUUCCGUCACUUGCAGACAGAGUACCCAGCAUCAUCAAAUGAAAACAAUGAACUUCAAGAGCCAAAAUCAAGGGUUAAUUCCAAAAGUCCAUCUCCUCGUUAUGAUGGAAGUCCAAUACCGCCAAGGGUAUUCAAGUCACUGCAGAAUGAGACCAAUUCAAGCUUUGAUUCUGAUACAACUGAUGGCGACACUCCUUCAAGAGCAUCAAGCUCAUUUGCGGAACUAGAAGAAUACUACCACAAUGGGGUGGCCAACACACCCUGCACCAAGGAUACUGUAUUAAAAGAGCUGACAACUCAGUUUGAUAACACAGGUUUCAAAAAGAAGCCAAGAGCUGCACCAGGAAAGGUCUUCCGUUACUUACAGACCCAGUAUGAUACUGCCGCAGAUCCCCAGCCAGAACCACAGCCUGAUAAUUUGCAGACACCAAGUGAUGAGUGUCCAGGCUUUGGUUACCGAGGCUCAAAGGUCCCUUCACCCUCAUUCAGGUUCUUGCAAAAUCAGUAUCAUCAACAACCAGAUGAGGAGAUACCAAAGGAUAACGAGCCGCUCACAACUGACGCCCCUGCGCAUGAGGUGGAGCCCACACCCUACAGAGGAGGCCGAAUUCCUGGAAAAACAUUUAAAUUCCUUCAAGACAACAUCACCACUCACCCAUCUGUCCUUCAGGCAAAGAAGUAGAUUAUUUGCCAGUGCAGAAGAAAAAAGGAAAAACCUUCCAAUAAUUUUGUGUUUAUAAUGAAUAUACAAACUAUUGCAUACAUUGUGGUUUCUGAUAACUAUCAGGUGGAAAGAUGUAUCAUUCCACAUUAUCUUCAGGAACUUGCAAGAUGGGAAUUUAAACAAAGUUCCACCAAGGGGACCAAAUUAAUGCAUAAUAUUAUUGCAGAGAAGUAAUAUGAGUAAAUCUCAGAUUAACCAGACCUGUAUGAUACCAUUACAUUUAUAUUUUCAUUUUUAUCAACCUUUGUUGUGCAGCAAUAUAAUACAAACAAUAAUAGACUUGUCAGAAUAUUCUAAUUGAUGAAACAUUACACUGAACCUCCCACCUCUGUCUGAUUAAUGAUUUGAACUUAAAUUGGGCAACAUGACUAUCAUGUGCUUCAGAACGUCCCCACCUUAUUUACAGAAACUUAAUACAGUAACCCUGUCUUCCUAAGAGAUGGCACUAGUAAGCUUUCAGAAUUGUGGGUUGUCAUUUUUGAUAAUUUUAUAUUGCAUUGUAUUUAUUACUUUUACUAUGUACACAAAUAAGUAGUUUGAUGUCUAAGAUAUAUUAAUCUAUGAUAUAAUGGUAUGUCUACUUAGGUAGACAUGUACAUUAUAACAAGAAAAAUUAUUUUUUUAUGAAUCAUAAUUAUGUAUUAUAAAUGUGCUUAACAUUACAUGACUGAGGACCUGCAGAUCAAGAAAUGGAUGCAAAAGAAGAAAUCAUUGCAUUAGAAGAGAAAAUUGAUCACAUCAUUAAUUUCAUUGGUACUUGUUAACAUGCACAAAUUUUCAUGAAACAACAGACCUGAAAUUACACAUAUCACUGUCUCCUUUCCACUGCUAUUCCCUGUUGAACUAUCCACCCAGGCUAAUACGUACCAUUUGGCUUGCUUAUGGUUUGGAAGAUUCCUCACAGUUGCGGGUCCUGGCCAAAGCGAUCUGUAGACAGCCCACUAGCAACAAGCAGUCUUUAAUGUACACUCAGUGAUCAAGAUUAUUAUUAUUUGUUUUUUUUGCAUAUAUUAUGUUCAACAGGAAAAAAAUAAUACUAUGUUAAAUUGCACAUGUAGUUCCCAGGCCCCAAUGUUUUUAUACUGUUUUUAGGAAAAUCCAGCAGGUUCCUCUUUUCUGCUGAGCAGAGUAUAUCUAGUGAGAUUUGUCCUACUAAUUUUAGUGUACAUUACUUAUAAGCCAUGUUUUGGGUUCUACAAACAGAGUUAUGUGGUUUAUCCUUGCUGCAUAACUAUGUACAGUUAGCCUUGCCAUUGUAUGAUUCUUCCUUAAAUUUUCUAAUAAAGCGCAUGUUAUUACAGCUUUGUGCUUCCAUAUGUCUUAAGUUUCUACACAAUGCUUAGAGGUUUUAUUUCCAUGUGGAACAACCCAAAUAGCACUUACACACAGAAAAAAAGUUCAUGCCACAAUGACUCGUGUCCUGUGACUCUCCUGCAUGGAAAGCUAC